GACCGGAACUUGGAAGUUUAAAAAAUUUGAAGUUGGUACAUAUAUAGUAGACGUUGUGUAGAGAGAGAGAGAGGAAAAUCCAAAUCCAAUGCGAUGAUGGGAAGCGAGUCAAAUCCUACAUGGGUUGGAAGGAAACCAAUGAGAAGACUUGGUGGAAUGUCUGAUGCUCUUUCUAUUGCUUCUGAACUCGGUUUCUCUCUUCCGACUCCUCCCAAUUCCCAGGAGGAGAUCCAAAACUUAUCCUCCACCACUGGUGAAAAUGGUGAUGAUUUGAUAAGGGUCUUGAAAGAACUCACUGCUGUUCAAAGGAAAAUUGCUGAUUUACAAGUCGAACUUCAAGGUCGAAAGGAGGACAAAAAUGUUGCUCAUCUGACACAUGUCAGUGAAAUGGAAAAGAAGAUUGAAACAUUGCAAAGGAUUACUACUAUUUUGAAGGACGUUAUUCAGAAUAAGGACCGCAUAAUAGCUCGCCUUCAACAACCAUAUUCGUUGGAUUGCAUUCCUGUUGAAGCUGAAUAUCAGAAACAAUUUUCAGAAUUGCUGAUGAGGGCUGCUAGUGAUUAUGGUGCUUUAACGGCCUCUGUAACAGAUUUUCAAUGGAGUCAGAAUUUUAAAGAACCGCCAACAGUUUGGGGGGAAAUGCUUCGUCCAAUUCCUGUUGCUUUAGCUUCUAGCACUCGAUUCUUUGAAGCCAUGUCUGCGAUGAGAGAGUCAAUUGCAACACUGCAUGCUUUGAGAGUUGGUCAUUCUUCUUCCUUGUCUACAAAACCAAGCAACGAGCCUUCACAAAGAACACUUGGAGAUACUGAUUGUGUGACUCCUCCCCCAUGGAGAUCAGAGUCAAGCUUUGAUGAUUUAGCCGUUGGAAGCCUGAGAAGGCAAGAAAGUGAGCCACAAGAAGGUAGUGAAAUCGCAAAAGGUGAUGGUAUGGGCCACAGGAGAUUGUCAUGGCCUCCUUCAGUUAAGAACAUCUCGUAAUGGUAUCACUACUUGGGCUGCUGUGUAUUUGUUAUCCCCCGUUCCCAUGGAUUUAUCAUUUUGAUCAUCCUUGUAUUAGUUUAGGUGAUUGUAUUUUCGGUGUCUCAUGGGUGUUUUUUUCUUCUUAUUCUUUUUCACCAGUUCCAUGAAUGCGGGGCGUGAUAUUUGUUUGGUUUUACUCUUGUAAUUUUACUCUUGAACUGAAGCCAUUUCAAACAGUGUUCAAAAUGAAAAGAUGUUUUUUCAUAGAAA